AUGCCAGGCUCCAAUUCUACACCCACCGUCCAAUACAAAAUUACCCGCGGGGUCUUCCGCAGUUCCUACGACAUCACAUCCAACGGACAACCCCUCUACCAUGUGGACAACUCACACUGGACCCCCGGCAAGCCCGAUCUCACCUUCCACACGGGAACCUCCACCACCGGCCGCAUCGCGGGGGUCAGUAAAUACCGACAUUUCUCCUCGGACGCGGAGAUCGGACUCGGCGAUCCCUCCCAGCCUCACACGAUGGAAUGGUUCAGUCUCAACCGCGACAGCCUGAUGUCAGUCCGAUACACCAUCCGCAUGCCCGUGAGCAGCAGCGACCAGCAGCCUCGCACGUUUACGUGGAAAAAGACACGCGCGCUGAGCAGUCACUCUGGCGGGUUGAAGUUGGUGGACGAGUCGGAUCGGGUAGUUGCGGUGAUGUCGGGCGGGAGGUUUUCCUCGCCGGCUGGGUUGUUGGAUAUCAACGUGCAGUAUGGAGAGCGGUUUCAGCUUCUGGUGUUGGUGAGUGGGCUGGCCUUCCGGGAAAAACUGGCUCGGGCUAGAAAAGGUGCAGCUGGUGCUGGUGGGGGGGGGGUGGGGGCGCUUAAAAGGCCUGCUGUACCCUACUACUACAUACUGUAG